AGAGGCCAUGUCACCCAUAUAAUUAAAUGGGUCCUAAAAUUGAAAGAACCAAACGAUGCUUCUUCUUCACCAUCAAAAGCUAGGGUUUUUUUCCUCUCUUAUAUUCUUCUCUCCUCUCUUCCACUGUUUUUGUCUUGAAAAAUGUCAGAAAAUAGCUCCUCGUCGCAGUUGAAGUGCCAUUGUGGUUUGAUAGCUAGCCACUUAACUUCAAAAACUCCUUCAAACCCUGGAAGGAAGUUAUUUAAGUGUCCUAAGCCUAAGAGUAAUUCUUGUGGUUAUUGGAAAAGGGAAGAUGAAGUAUUUUCGGAUACUCCAUUGACUGAAGUCAGAGAGUUAGUGGCUGCUUUGGAUGCUCUUAAGGUUGAAAUAGACAAUUUGAGGAAAGAAGUAGCCAAAUUGGAGGUUAUAAGUCAUUCUCAAGUGAUUAAAGUGUCAACUUUGGAAGAUAGAGUAACAAAGAUGUGGAUGGUAAUUAUAGUUUCAUUGGCACUUUUCGUGGAUUUCAUUACAACUCCAAUGAUGAAGUGAUUGCCUUUACGAGACUAGUAUUUAUGUUUUUGGUGUAACUUGAAAAAUAUUAUCAUGAAGUUGUUUUAAAUGCCUUUGUUUGGAUGAAUGUAAUGUAAUGCCCUCGUUUGGAUAAAUUGUUGUUAUAAUAUGUCCAUUGUAAAACCUUCUUUUGGAUGAAGCAAUGUCUUACUUUUGCAUAAAAUUAUUGUGUAUAUUGUUCUUUUAGCAAAUUAGAACUAGUUAGAAAACCUGCAACGUUAUCUAAAAAUAGAAGA